AUGACUCGCCAGGUCGGAAUCCGAUCGCCGUCUCCAAACGAGAAGACGAGGUCUUUAUUAGCAGAGAAACCAACCAAAAUAAUGGUGAAAACAACAGCGAAGGGAGAGAACAGGGGAGAGAAAAGUAUAAUAAAGCGGUUCGGAGAGGUAGCAGGUGGAACCGCCGCAGAGUGUGUGGCGGUGUGUUGCUGCUGUCCAUGUACGCUGAUGAAUCUCCUGGUCUUAGCGAUUUUCAAGAUGCCGGUUUGCCUUUGCAGGAAGGCUAGAAAACGACACCGUUCAUCGAAGAUAAAACAGCAGCCAUUGUUGGUCAACGCUGUGAGUAAUGGUCUGUGCAGAGAGGAAUUAGAGAGGGAAGUCCAAGCAGUUGUAGAGAAACAAAAGGAAGUUGGCGGUGGUGAUGAUGAUGAUGAUGAUGCUGAUGGAGAAACUGAGGCCGUUGAUCUAGAAAAGGAGAUGUGGGACCGCUUUUAUGCAACUGGGUUUUGGAGAAGCACAUCUCAAAGAAGUACGUGA